AUGACCACGGCGACCUUCGUCUCGGGAGAUAUGUCAUUGGACGAUGAAUUCAGGACCAAUCCUUUCUUUUCACCGGAAACUGCCGGCGCUGGUCAUCCCUCGACAGCGGUCUGGUCAGAUGGGAAAGUAAGCCUGGCAGGACUGUUUUCCAUGCAGUGGGCUAAGCAAGAGCUGCAUCUCACGGCGGUGGAAUAUUUGGGGUUCGCUUUGCUGCUGGGGUACGUCGCGGUGUACAUCGCCGGGCGGAGACGGAAUUACCACAUCGCUCACGGGUUCAUCAUGGGUGUCCAUGGGCUGUUCUGUAGCCGAUUCUUGGAGGCGGGCCCUGCGUCAGAGAUGCCGCCCGUCGACCGACGGCAGCUCCUGGCGCGCGACAGCUGCAGCACCUUCCUCUACUACGCCACCGGAAGCCGGCGGUGCUUGGGCGUGCAAGUCACGAUCGACCUCGCCAGCCGUCACGACCUGUUUAUGGUCCUGUGGUCCUUCUUCAGCCCGGCCAUGGGCGACCGGGUCACCGUGGAGGUGGCCUUCGACGACGAGGACAUCGAGCCCGUGAUCUUCGCCGUCGCCCGCAAGCGCGAAGUGAAGAAGCUCCUGCAGGAGGUGCCUCACCUUCAGGACUACGCGGGGGUCACCCGAGCGCCCUCCCUUCUCCCCCCGUCGCUCGUCUGCCUGUCGGAGAGCUCCGCUCUCCUGGAACCGAUGCUGCCGCCCUCGGCCCUCAAGAGUCUCAGCGAGAAGGGAAACCUUCUCGAGCUCAUGUACGUGACCGACCAGAACGACCAGCCGAUAUUGGGGCAAGAGCACACGCCCAAGAAGGUGCUGCGGUAUACGUUCCGGUUGCCGGUGGGGUCGGCGAGGGGUGGCGACGGGAGCGACGGGGCGACGGAGAUGAUGGAGCUGGCGCUUUCCUACAUCCAGCUCUUGAACAAGUUUAAGAUGUCCGCGGGCACGAAAAAGAAGGCCUUGGAACGGCGGGCAGCCGUGCUGAAACGCAAGUCUGCGAUAACGCACGCCCAGAGGCAGGAGCGCUUCCAGAUGCUGAAGAACGAGCGGCUGCAGAGAGAACGGGAAGAGUACGAGGGCCUCACCCCAGAGCAGAAGCGGCGGCGAGACUUGAGGGACGAAAAAAAGGCCAAGAAGGUUGCCUCCAGCAAAAGGCACAAGAUGAGGGUGACCAAGGCAUAG